CCUUGGAAUUUCAAAGGAAUACAAUAAUUUAAACCAUGAAUUAUUGAACAUUUAAUUUAAUGCAGAUUGCUGCUCAGUUUGGACGGGGUUAUUAUUUUUGUUAGUUAAUAAUAAUAAUAGAUUAUAAAUUUAAAGAAAUAGGGUCCCAAUUAGUACUGCAAUGUCACAAUGGUAUAAAAGAUAUUGCAGUUAUAAUGGGUGUUCUUCAGAUAGAUCAACUGAUGGAGGUGCAAUAUCAUUUUUUGGUUUCCCCAAGGAUACAGAAAGAUGUUCAAAAUGGAUCACAAACAGUGGCAGAGAAGAGUUCCGUUUUCUCACCCCACAUGAGUUAAGCAAAAAAAAGAUUUGUGAGCUGCAUUUUACCCCUAGUAUGUUUGCAAAUAAGUUUAAAAACAGUUUGAAAAAACACGCUUUCCCGAUCAAUUGGAAAAAUUCUACACCUGAGCUGAUUGAGAUUGAUGAUGAUGAUGACGAAGAUGAUAAUUUGUAUGAUGAACUCAAUUUUGAAGAUGAUAUUGAACCUGUGGGCCUGAUAGUAAAUGGACAAGAAGAGGUUCAAGAGUUGAGCGAUGAUGAUAGACAAAAUGAACAAAAUAGUGGGCCUAACGUUAUUGUGAAUUCCGUAUCUGCCAACACUGAAGCUAAUGAGACUGUCGACACUGAUGCUUCCAAAAACACUCCACGAGAGUUAGAACUAGUAAAUAGUAGUAAUGUAGAACCCACUGAAGAAAGUCAAUCUGCAUCUGCGGUUACAAGUACCAGUAAUAUUACAGUUGAAGAAAAUUCCAAGACCAAGACUCCAACUGAAAAAUCGUCCUCUAAACCAAACCCAUCCGCUUCUGAGAAAACAAAAUUUCACAACCUGCCAGCACAAACUACGCAGAGUGAGUUUUACUACCAACAGUGUCCGUCAUUGGACGAAACAAACCAUUCGUAUCCUGAGCCACCGGACGGAGAGAUGCCACUUUUCGUGCAGCAGAACUCUGUCAUAUCAAUGGCGGAGGAAGCAGCAAACAGCGUAUUGUCUGAACCACCCACUAAAAAACGCAAGCAGGACAAGGAGGUUGACAUCACUGCACAAAUGAAUGAUGCGAUGAAAUAUCUCAAGGAUAUUACUGAACUUCUCACAACGUCUGAGGAUGAGUUUGAACUGUUCGGUAAAAGUGUGGCGUUACAACUGAAGAAGAUGUCGUUGUGCACAGCAUUAGCGGUUCAAGCUAAGAUUCAACAGGUUUUGUCUCAGCACAGGAUAAAUGAUAUUAAAAAGAAGUCCGCACAAGAUCAAGAGGUUUGUAAUGUUCAAACGAACGGUAUUGAAGAGGAUAGUAAUGAAGAGCAGGAAGAAACAAAUGUACAAAAGCGGAACUCACCAGAACUUUUGUUAGAUUGUACCAGUGAAACAUCAGACGUUGAAAACUGAAUAGUCUAGGUAUGUUAACAGUUUAAUUAUGCAUAAAGUUUACAAUUAGUUAUUUAUUCUUAAAAUUGUAUUUUUAUAUUGUAGGCAAAUUGAUGAAUUUAUGAAACAGGAUUGUAUACAUAUUUAUUCAUGUCAUGGUUGUAAAUGGAAUUCAAUCGGCUUAAUUAAGUUAAGUGUAAAGAUUUUUGAUAGGUAAUAGGAAAAAAAAAAAUUUCACAGAGUAGGAUAAAUAUUUAUUAUUUUUUUAUUAAUUGUCCUAUUACCUAGCACUCUAGGUAGUUAGCUCUCUAGGGAUAAAUUGGCCUACCGGUAUUUCACUUAUUGACAUCCACACUCAAGAAUAAUAAACGAUGACACAAUGCAAAGAUCAUGGAAUAAAAUUAAGGGUCGCUUCCAUAAAAGAUGAUAGGCCUAAGGUUUUUUUUUUUAAAUUUAAUACGAUACAACCUAAAAUCCACCAGUGAUGUGCUAGGUUUGAUAUUAUUAUGAAGACCUCAAGUACGGAUAGUUACCCGUUGUUGUGUUUAAAACUCAUGAUACCUUAUAAUACAAGCAUUUGACAUGAGGUUAUUUUUAUUAUAAAUAUUUGGGUUUACAAACAAGAAUAAGAAUUUAGUAAUUUUUUUUUCUUGCUGAGUAACCUAGUAUCAUAUUGUUGAGUUAUGACAGAAGCUAUCCCAGGAUUUAUUUAGGGUAUAAUUUUGUGUAUUUGGCGGUACAAUAUUGUUUACCAAACAUCUCUAUAAUGUUAGUAAAUUUUUUAAUUGGACACACAAUUUGUUUAAUUAAGUGAAUUUCCCAUACAGGGAAUAAAUAAUCCAUUUACCGUAGGUCUCAUGGUAAGACCUUGGCCUGGGGCCGAUUUAUUUUUCCGUUUUGAAACCCCCAGAGGCUAAAAACACAGUUUGGUCAAAUUCAUAUAUAUUUGUUUAUUUCAUACUAAGCCACCAACAUUAAAAAAAACACCUUGUUUUACUUUCCCUGUAGCAGCAAACCUACUAAUUACAAUUUUUAUGUUAUUUAAAUAGGAAAAUGUGACAUUUUUAAGGAAAUGGUUUGUGUGAAAAUCCAGUCUGGUAAAUGGAAAUUUGCUUAGUACCUAGGCAGGUUUGCUGCAACCAGGGUAUUUAACUUAUUACAGGGAUUAACAUCAUAGUAGUUGACUUUUACUACUUCGAGUAGUCCUAUAAGAUGAAAAAGUCUGUAGUUGGUAUUUUUAUUCCUAUUUAGUUUUUAUUUAUAGUUCACUGUAUCAGUGAUCCUAAAAAUUGUAUAUACACAUUAUAUAUAUUUAUUUUGUCAUUAUUUCAUUCAUUGUCUUGUUUACACACAGUACCAAUAGGCUGUGGACUUGGGUCCUAAGCAAAAGGGAGCUGUAACUAUUUGUACAAAGAUAUUUUAUCUAUAAAAAAUUGAACUUUAUAUUUAAAAUUAACAGAUUUUCUCUGGUUGAGGAUAACAUCUGAUGAUGUCCCCGAGGUUAUGGGAGAUGUUCUUGAUUUCCCCGCAAUCACAGGUAGCGUUGAUUACUUUUUUGUGAUCAAAUGAUUUUCACAGUUUCACUGCAAUAGCGGGUGACGAUGAUAAUAUUUCUGUGAUCGCGGGAGAUGUUCACGUUUCACCGCAAUAGUGGGUGAUGUAGUGGCGGGUUACUGUAAUUUAGCCUAGGCCCGCACGUACCCUAAUUACAGCACUGGUUACAUAAGAAGGCUGUUUAAUUUUGUAAAGAAAUUUGUUUCAACUAUUAGCUAAUAAUCCUCUUUGGUUCCAGGAUAACCAGUUAUAUUUUCAUUUCAACUAUUCUAUCAUGAUCUCUUUAGUAUUUUGUAUUGUAAAUAUUGUGAGACCAUUGACUGACCGAUUUAUUUGUUUUUUCUACCUCUCACUAACAUUAUAUACUCAUAUUUUGAAUUAUUUUAGAGCUACGCAUAAGAUUUAUUCAGUUAAGCUUUAAGCAAUUUUCAUAUGUAUUUAU